AGUGUUAAAAGUGUUUGUGUGAUUCAAAAAAAAAAUAAUAAGUGAAAAUGCCUCCUAAAACCAGUGGUAAAGCAGCAAAGAAGGCCGGCAAAGCCCAAAAGAACAUUACCAAGGGCGAUAAGUCGAAGAGACGUACCAAGCGUAAGGAGAGUUACGCUAUCUACAUUUACAAAGUGUUGAAGCAAGUCCAUCCCGACACCGGUAUCUCCUCCAAGGCCAUGAGCAUCAUGAACAGUUUCGUCAACGAUAUCUUCGAACGUAUUGCCGCCGAAGCCUCUCGUUUGGCCCACUACAACAAGCGCUCGACCAUCACCAGUCGGGAAAUCCAGACCGCCGUCCGUCUAUUGUUGCCCGGUGAAUUGGCUAAGCACGCCGUCAGUGAAGGUACCAAGGCUGUUACUAAAUACACCAGCUCCAAGUAAAUGUCUUGAUAUUUUUCAUUUUCAUGCGUCGAAAUACUACCUUAAA